CGAGAAUAGCGUGUGCUGAGUGAGGGAAGAGCGUUGCUGCUGGCGGAAAUAAAAGCCCGAACGGCCUCGCUUACGGGAUGCUGUGCCCCACAGCGGCCCCGGCUGGGAUUUCCUCUGCUCCCCGCCUGCUGCCAUCCCGGCCGGCCUCCCCUGGGGCAGCAGGAAUGCGAGGGACCGGAGGGGUGCGGGAGGCUCUGUCGGGGGGGGUUUGCCUGUAGGAUGAGGGGAAAGGCUGUUAGAUUCUAGUCUUCACAGCCUCCAAAAAUAGCCGUCCCCGAGAAACUUUUCAAGAGGGGAGUUUUCUCUGAGAGAUGCCCCAGAUUUCAGCAGGAGACGAGUUAGCUGCUGGUUCUUUGCCUUUUUCUGGAAUCAAAAUCGGUGACCUGCAUCACCAAAGGUGUGUAGCAGCUAGCAACAAUCUCUUUAGCUCGUAGGAGGCCAUGAGCAGUAACAACAAGGUGUUGGCUGCCAGGUGUGAAUGAACGCCUUGUUUUCCUGCUCGAAGUUCAAAGUAGUGCAAGAGGCCAGAGGUCUCGGAUCCAGGUGGUUGAGCGGGAAAGAAGCACAUGCUAAAGACCUGUGUGCACAGCUGAAAGCCUGGGGAGGAACUUGGCAGGAUGAAGCCUGUCAUCGUGGUGCAUGGUGGAGCUGGCCGGAUCUUCAAGGAGAGAGAAGAGGGAUGUCGUGCUGGUGUUGUCAGAGCUGCGCUGCGAGGUUACGGUGUCCUGAAGCAGGGAGGCAGUGCCGUAGAUGCAGUUGAGGAGGCAGUACGGUCAAUGGAAGAUGAUCCUCAUUUUAAUGCAGGUUGUGGAUCUGUUCUAAAUGAAAAAGGUGAAGUAGAAAUGGAUGCCAUUAUCAUGGAUGGAAAAAAUUUAGACUCUGGAGCAGUAUCUGCAGUUAAGUGCAUAGCAAACCCAAUAAAACUUGCUCGACUUGUUAUGGAAAAGACAAAGCACAUGCUGCUGACUGACCAUGGUGCACACCUCUUUGCUCAGGCCAUGGGUAUUCCUGAAAUUCCAGGGGAGAAACUCAUAACUGAGAGAUCCCGGGAGAGAUGGAAGAAGAACCUUGAACCAGAUUCCAACCCUGAAGAGUUUCAGAAAGACCUUGGAACAGUUGGUGCUGUUGCUAUAGACAGUGAAGGCAAUGUAGCUUGUGCAACAUCCACAGGAGGACUCUCUAAUAAACUGGUUGGCCGUGUUGGUGACACAGCAUGCAUAGGAAGUGGAGGUUAUGCUGACAACCAUUCUGGUGCCACUUCAACCACAGGACAUGGGGAGAGCAUUAUGAAAGUGGUCUUAGCCCGACUGAUUCUCUAUCACAUGGAGCAAGGAAUGUCACCAGAGGUAGCAGCGGACACUGCAUUAGACUACAUGAAGUCACGAGCUGGGGGUUUGGGGGGUGUCAUUGUUGUCAACAAGGCAGGAGAGUGGGCAGCAAGGUUCUCCACCAAGCAGAUGUCGUGGGCUACUGUAAAGGAUGACAACCUGCAUUAUGGCAUUUAUGCUGGGGAGAAGCAUGUAAAAUCUGUUGAUGAAGCACUUGCAUCUGAACGGGAGGGAUUCUAAGAAUGAAGAAAGCUGACUGACAGAGAAGAAUGAAGAUCUCCAGUUUUUGCUGGAUGACAAUGACAGUUGAUUCUGUCUUUCUGAAAGAUCUUUUCGUUCACAGGCAUUACCACAUUUACAGUAAAAAUAAAAUCUAUUAUCUAUUUUUUAGAUAGGAGAGAGAAUGGUCUGUAGGUUCCUUGGUUAGUAUGCCCUAAUCUUACAUUAAAAGGAGCUUGAGUUUCAGUAUUAGAGGAACUUCUUUCCACAUCCAUUCUCAAAGACUGCUGCCAGGAUGAUUUGAGAGAAAAAUACCUGUUAAUUAAAAGCUGCAUUUUGAAAAUCCAGAAUCUUUUGAGCAGCCAUCUUAUGGUAAGAGCUUGCUAACGGUCAGUGAAGUACCACCAAAGAGCAGCAAAGAGUUAAAACUAAAAUUGUUCUCACAGGCUUGAGGUAACUUGUCACAAGAUAUAAUGAAGUAAAGAAAGUAACUUUCUCCAGAGAAGAAAAAGCUGAUGCAAAGGAGCUCUAAUUCCAUUCCAUGACAUCAGACCAGAAAUCACAACCAAGUAGGCUAUGAUGUUUCAAACUGUAUGUGGACAGUUAAUAGAAAGAUGCUAUGGAUGUAGUAUCUGGGGUAGUAAUAAAGAAGGUCGUGCUUUCAAUACAAAUAACAGCAAUGUUUUCUACUGAAAUGUAAAGGUGAUUGCACUUUUUAAGUCAAAAUAUGAGACAGAGAUUCUGAUUAAUUGGAAAAAUAAUUAUCUGAAAGUAAGUGAUCAAAGUAAGUUGUACUAAAAUUAAUAAAUCUGCCUGUU